CCUACCUACGGGUCUCACGAGCAACCUGUUUAUAAGAACAACUUCCAGAAUCGAUUGAUUCCUUCCUACGCUUGCAACAAACCUUCAUUACCACAUACCACCAUUGCAUUUCCAGUAUGGCUACGUCGGACCACGAACUUAUUCGCAAUACUCUUGCACGCUACGCUAUAGGUGUAGAUUUCGAAAACUGGGACACCUUCUCAAAAGCUUUUCUAGACGAUGCCAAAAUCACUUUUCAAGCACCUAUCGGUACCCUGAGCGGAAUAUCAGCAAUCAAAUCGACAGUCCAAGCCAUGGUUGGGCCGUUCCAAACACACCACGGUAUAACCACGCAACUCAUCGAGAUUACGGGCGAGACGACGGCGGAAGCCACAAGCUAUGUUACCACUGUUCUUUCAGGUACAGGAAAGGACGAAGGCAAGAGUGCAACAAUUUCGGGUUAUUAUCAGGACAAGCUUGUCAAGGUCGUUGUCGAUGGUGAAGAGGAUUGGAAGAUUUUGGAGCGUAAGGCAUUCAACAGAGGAACACCUACAGGGGAUCUAUCCUUGAGCCCUUGAUGGCUUGAGAGCCGCCUAUGAUGCAUUUCAUCCCCUUAUAGUCUAGCUAGGCUCUUUGCUCAACCUUUAAAGGCACCACAUAACAGGACGAUUCAUUAGUAAAUCUUUUUUAAUCACUCCGAAAUCGCUUGUAGUAUGAAAUCUUUCAUUCUAACACCUUCUGAAUUGACG